AUGUUGGAGUACCUCCGGCACCUCGUGUCCAUGAAGCGGCGGCGCUACAUCUGCGACGGCUACGACCUGGACCUGAGCUACAUCACGGACCGCGUGGUGGCCAUGUCGUACCCCGCAGAGAGCCUCGAGGCCAUGUUCCGCAACCCCAUGUGGCAGGUGCAGCGCUUCCUCUCCGCCAACCACGCCCACCACUUUAAGGUGCCGCUCCGCCCGCCCUGCGCCCUCCCCGUCCCCCCUUGCCCCACCUCUGCAUGCUCUCCCCGAACCUUCCCCUUUUCGCCCCUCCCUUGCGCCGCCGUGUACAAUCUGUGUGCGGAGCAGUGGUACGACCCGUCGUACUUCGGCGGGCGCGUGGAGCGGUUUCCGUUCGACGACCACGGCGUGCCGGCGCUGGAGCUGGUGAGGGCGCUGUGCGAGAGCGCGCAGGACUGGCUGGACCGCUGCCACGACAACAUCAUCGUCGUGCACUGCAAGGCGGGCAAGGGCAGGACGGGCGUGAUGGUGUGCUGCCUGCUGCUGCUGGCCGGCAUGACCACGGACGACGCCCUCGCUCUCUACGCCGACCGCCGCACGCUCAACCGCGCCGGGGUGACCAUCCCCAGCCAGGUGCGGUACGUGCGCUACUGGGCUCGCCUCGUGGCAGACGCGCACCUCAACGCUGCACCCAUCACGCUGCCGCCGCCCACGCGGCGCACCAUACAGCGCGUGCGGGUGUAUGGCAUGACAGGGCUGGACCGUGUGGACUUCGUCAUCUGCACACUUGAUGAGGCGGACAAGGAGCGGUACAGUGCGGCAGUGGAGCGGUGCAGGGGCACGUGUGAGAAGGUGCGCAUGGGCAUGUACCUGGUAUGGCCUCUCACUCCUGCGCUGCGCUCUCCUCUUUCCGCCCUCGACAUCCUGUCCUGCGCUGCCUGCCGUGCGUGCUGCACUGGGUGCGAGCAGGUGGAGGGGGAUGUGAGCAUGCGGUUCACGGACAAGAUGGGGGCGCGCCUCUUCACACUGUGCUUCAACACCGCCUUCACCAAGGGACUCCUCUCGUUUUUCCCUCCUUCCCUUUCUCUCCCCCUCUCCACCUGCCUCUCACCACUAUCCCGUCCACCCCACGCCGACCCCUCCGCCCUGCACGGGUGCAGCUGUCUCUGA